AUGUCCCAAACUGAAACCCCUGCGGACCCGAGCCCGAACCCAAAUCCGAGCCACCCACCUUCGAACCGCGACUCUCAACCGGCGCCGGAGGUCGAUCCGAAUCAUACCUCUGCUGCGCCGUCCGAGGCCGCUGUUGCUGCGGACGAUCCGCGUCCUUCGGACCCCGCCGUCGCAUCUACUGCUGCCGCCACUCUCAAGCGGCCCCGCGACGCGACUCAAGGAGAGGCGGAAGGAACCAGCACAACUGAUGCUCCGGCGGCGAAGAGGCGCGUGAGGGCUUCCGGAGAUCUGAUAUACCGCAUUGUGGUGCCCUGUAGGCAGAUUGGGAAGGUUAUUGGAAGGUCGGGGCAUCGCAUCCAGAAGAUUCGGGAGGAUUCUAAGGCUGCAAUUAAGAUUGCUGAUGCUAUCUCUCGACAUGAAGAGAGGGUGAUCAUUAUCAGUUCCGAGGACAGUGACAACGUUUUUUCGGAUGCGGAAAAUGCUCUUCAUCAAAUUGUUAGCCUCAUCCUAAAGGACGAUGAAGGCGAUACUGAGGCAUUGAAAGUGGGUGCCGGACAUGUGGCUGCUAAUACAGUUCGACUUCUGAUUGCUGGAUCUCAAGCCGGUGGUUUGAUUGGAGUUUCAGGUCAAAAUAUAGUGAACUUAAGGACUACAUCCGGAGCAGCUAUCACUGUCCUGUCUCCUAAUCAGUUGCCUCCAUGUGCAUCUGCACACGAAUCUGAUCGAGUUGUUCAGAUAUCAGGAGAACUUCCUGCAGUUUUGAGGGCUGUUGUGGAAAUUGGGUGUCAACUUAGGGAUAAUCCACCUAAACAGGUAAUAUCUGCCAACCCAACAAAUAACACUGGCUUUCGUCGCCAAUCGCAACAUUAUGUAGAUCCUAAUUCAGGUAGUUAUGUAAAUCUGGAUGUCAUGGUUCCUGAAAAUCUUGUCGGCGGUUUGAUUGGAAGGUUUGGCGCCAACAUAUCAAGGAUCAGAAACGAGUCUGGAGCAAAUAUUAAGGUUUAUGGUGCGAGAGGUGAACAAACACAAAGGCAGAUCCAUUUAGGUGGUAAUGCUCAACAGGUUGCUCUUGCCAAACAACGAGUUGACGAGUAUGUAUAUGCCGAGUUGAUGAGACAAACUGGUGGACAACUGCCACCAAGUGCUGUUCAGUUUCAGCAAAUUCCUAGUCAACAGCCAGUGUAA